UACAAUGAGGACACAGCUUGGCUUUAUGCCUGAUCAAUAAAAGGUAGAUUAGUUCAGAAUCUGAGCAGUAGAAAAGAGGGCUCAUUAAGCAGCACUGCUUUGCAGAACUGACUGCCUGCAGACUCCUUUGAGUUUGAGUCCUACCGCCAAGGGAUUUAAGACACGAAGACAAAGUCACUCCAAACCUUGAGGACCUCCGAGGACAUAAAACAGAAAGCGGACAACUAGCUCCUGACAUUUGGACUCAAGGAAACAAGACAUCUUGCUGCAGGAUCAAGCAAACACUCAGACGGGUGUAAUGGUCUGGAUACACAAACGCUCCCUUGAAUUAUCAGACAUUUGAGGCAGUCAGACAAGCGAUGGGAAGACGAGCAGCUGACCUGACAACACCGGUUCCAGUUUUAGGUGUCCCUGCCCUGGUUGGAGUGCGUGGUUGGAGGACAACAGGAGGAGACAGAACCGGAGGAGCCCUGCUGCAGACGUGGGGACCUCAGUGCAGCGUUGGUGUUCAGACAUCCCCAGGGAUAAGCAGACCACCUACCCAGCACAGUGUACAGCUAACUGAUACACUCUCCACGGCAUCAGAUAACAUUACUCAAACACCCAACAGCUAUAUUACCAAGGAAACGGAGCACAAGGAGAUAUUACUGCUAACAAAGAGUGACAAGGAGAAAAGGGCUAUUUUAAAACAGAAAAGUGGGGAAUCCAAGACCAAAAAGGAAGUGACUUUCAAAGCUCUUGGAGGUGAGGCCUCUAAGGAUGUGACCUGCAGUCAGUGGAACAGUAGUGGGACUUAUUGCUAUGCCAGGGCAAUCAAGACCAACCCACACUUUGCAGGGAAUGUAACCAGCGUCAGGCCUAAAUUGAAAUCUGCCGCCCGCUACACCAACGGCAGCGUGGUCGAUUCAGAGGCGAUCGGUGGAAUUAGCGUUGAUAAUGAUGAAGCAGAGCCUGUAAAGAGUGCCGCCUCUCGUGAAAGAAACCAAACCAGACCGCAAGGUCACGACGCAGAGCAGGCUGGGAAGACGCAGCCGUUAUCUACUGCUCGACCUUUCAGCGUGCCACAAAAAAUAUGCAGCCAUUGUGGUGGGAGACAGUCUGUGACCACCGGAGUUGUCACUUUGGGGGAGAAAAGCUCCACUGCUAAUGCUUGCCUGGGAGAGAAGGUCCUCACCUCGCUGUCAACCAACACGCAUUUCCAGAUGCCCCAUACUGGAAAAACCCUUCAGCCAAGCCAUCAUGAAACCUCUGAGAGCAUCACGCACAGAGACAAAAGAACACACAUUACAGUCAAUCCACAACUGUUGUAUCUCAGCGAGGAACUGAAGUACCGAAAAACACCACACCCAGCAUGCCCAGUGCACUCUAAGAGCAAUUUGGUCACUUUGUCACAGACACAUGCUGCCUGCGAUGCAACAUCCACCCAACCCACAACCAUACUGCAUGCUAAAACCAUCACCGUCACUAAAGCAACUAUUGAAACAAGACAAGAUGACUGCAGUACAAAAUCUUUCCUAAUACCAUCGCCGGACGGUAAGAACCGCCGACCAACAAGUCUCACACUGGCUCCACAGAUGGCCACAGCUACCAAACCAAACAACCCACAUUCACACACGUAUCCCAAGACCCUCAAAGUACCACAACGCAACUCUACACAACAUAAUGUGCCUCAAAAUGUAUGUGUAUCUGUACAUGCUACACCUGAAAAUACUCUGUCACCACCUGCUCAUUCGUACACAACAGCUGCAGGACCAGAGAACACAUCUAUUACCAACACACACAAAACAACCACAACCGUUAGCACUGCACUGACGUCCACUGAAAGUAUACCCGCUAAAGUUGCAUAUGCUCAACAUGAAACCCUGCACUCAAGGCGCAUAGCACGAGUAAACAUUGCAACAAGUACAAGUAACAGCCCACAAAAGACUCUUAAAUGUCCCACAGUAUCACUGGCAGCCAAUGCAUUACACCCCAUUCAUAAACUGGAAGCAACUGCACAACCUACACCUGCAGGUCCACCAUGUACUUCACCCAAUUCAGGUUGUUAUCCACAAGAAAAGCUGUCCUCAAACACUGACAUCAAACCACAAGGUAAAGCAUCUUUUGACACUGUAGUGAACUCAACUGGAUUACCCACCUUUGCAAGUACACUACACACAACUACACCACAUCCACCCCUCAGCACUGUUGUCCCACAGAGCACUUUGAAUCAUAGCUCUAAUUCAGAUCAAAUGACGCGCACCAGCACAAAACAUACAUCUGCAGCUACACAAAUUCACCUCAUUCAGCCUAACCACUCAAAAUCUGAACCUGCACUUCAUGUUUCUACAGCAUCACUAAACGCAACUCCUAAUGCCACAAAACCGCUAGACUCAAGAGCUAGGUUGCUUUCAAGUGCAGCUCCCAGUAUCGUAUCUAAACGUAGCGGCACUCUGUACAAAAAUAUAGCCCUCAGGAACUCCUCAAUCAAUCUGAGAAAUUCACCAUCCGCAGCCGCCACCUCCUCAUCUGCAUUGACGGAAAACCAAAGGAAUGUCCGUGUAUCAGGUCCAACUUCACUUCAAUCAGCAGACACAACACAACACAGCAGAGACCUCAGUUGCAAAGAAGCGCUCCACACAAAUCAACCUGGUGACACACAAGCAACAGACAGCAGAACCCAAACCAGUAAUGGAACUGGUUCAGGCGGUGCUAUUCCAAAUCAGGAAAGCAAUGCCACAGCAACGCCAGUUGCUUUAUCUGAGCUGCUAAAUGUGUCAAAACAUCAGAAGAGAGGCUGUGACGUGAGCAACCCGAAAUCAACCAUUAUUCCCAACACAGAAUCAUGUGCGGACAAAAACAAAUUCAGCGGUAAUCUAAUCAAUGAAUUAGUUGUGUAUGAGUCAAAACACCAUGCAAAUUCAAAUCUAUCACAGGUCACUAGCCUUCAGAAUUACAUUUCCCUAAUUAAGUCAAGCAGCUCUUGUCUGCAGGGUUACAUAAACACAAAACAACAAAGGCUUGCACAUUAUCAAGGAUACACAGGAACAGAGCAUGAGGGGCAAUGUGCUGCAUGCCCACCAGUAAAAACGGCCCAGGAGACGAAUUCAAAUACAGAAAGGUUUGCCAUGGGUAUAUCAGUCAGGCGUGCAAAUAUUAAGCUUAAAUCCACUACAGAUAAACAGACACAUCCCAAUAACCCAACAGCCUGUGCUAUAACGCCAUCAAACUCAGAGCCCAUUAUCUCAUCACAGGAAAACACGAGUGCACAUGUCGACCCCCUCACCAAAACUUCAGUCCAUCAAAACUCUGAUUCAGAUACCUCAUCACUACCACAAGCACACACAAGUCCAGAGCUUUCAUUCACUGCACCAGCCCCCUCGAACAGCAAGGGAGAGCUGUGUACGCACACAGGCCCUGAAUGUAGUUCCAUAUUACCAUCAUCAACAAUGCACUUGGCGUCCCUUCCCCACCUCCAGUCCUGCGAGGCUGAGGCAAUCGUUAGACCGGAUUCAGAGUUUAGCCCUGCUCCCCCUCAGUCGUGCCCAGAGGACACCAGCCUGGCUCACUCCCACCCAGCUGAUGCAGCCCUGUUGCUGCCUCCUUCCCCACAGUGCUGCAAAUCAGCAGCCCUACAGCAGAGGCUGGAGACUGUGGAGGCCAGCCUGGCAGCCAACAAGGACAGGAUCACUACUCUGCUUAACAUUAUCCAUGACCUGGAGACGUGCCACACUCCAACCAGCAGCCGGCGAUACUACACAACUGGGCAGGACCUCAAAAACUGCUCCACCUGCCAGAAGACUGCUUGUAUUGUCUACAGUGUGGAGUAUGACUUCAGGCAGCAGGAAAGACGCUUCUUGGAGGUUCUGAAUCAUUCAGCAGGAGGAAAUCAUGCCUUCUCCAUGCACCUGUCCCAGCCCCUGAACUUUAGCCUGCUCAGAAAUGUCAUCAUUAAGAACUUAACAAAGUCAAAGGUGAAAGGCAAAAAGCUGUGCAAGACUCUGUUCAAAUGGCUGCCCAGGAAAAUCCAGCAAGUAUAGGCCUAACAAUACAUGUGUGCUGUUUUAUAGCCAUAAGCCUGUGUUACAAGUGACCAGCAGAAGCCUUUGCAGAGGACUCUUAUUAUUCCCUUCCUUCCCAUAGAGUGAGAUUACUUUGAAUUAGAGUCUGACCCAGUAGAGUUCCACUCUCCUGCACAUUGUCAAAGCUUAUAAGCAGGAUUUUGCACUCAAAUUUCCCCCUGAUCUUUGUGACCUUCAGCUAGUAUGAUCCAUAGGGAAUUUCACUUUUGUAAGUUAAUGUUAUUUGGUUGUCCACAUUCCUGCUUAAAAUGUAUGAUGAACCUAAGCGGCAGAUUUCUUUAUCUAAUUUUACAUAUGAGAUUCUGUUCUCUUUGAAUUGCUAUGAUUAAUGCUCUAUGAGUUCCAGUUGAUGUCACGUUCCCCCUUCAAUUUGUCCCCUAACCUGCUUCUCCUCACACUAAAUGUGCAGUAUAAAACACGAAUGGAAUAAUUUUAAAAUGAAAAAAUAAAUCCGAUUUUUCUG